CUCCAAAGCGAACGAGGGCGCGUGCUGAGGAGAGCCCCGCCACUAAUGUGCCGCGGGGGCGGCGGCAUGCGAGGUCGGGACCCGACGGCGGCGCUUCCGGUCAACCCCCCGCACAGCGCCGAAGGGUGGAAGAGGCACCUGCGGGACCACAGUGGAACCUUACCACUGCCGUGGAGGAAGUGUUACUGGCGGGUUUCGAUGUUACAGAACAAAUGACGCUAAACGACUUCAUUAGGAGGUAUGUUGAUCCCGAUUUCGUGCUUGAAGGCCGCAAUGUAAUGAUGGGGGUGUUUGCGCGUAGACCUGAGCAUUACAUCAGGGACGAGUGGCUCCUAGGAGAAAUUCUUAAUUCACAAGCGUAUCAGCUCCUGGAGGACGCACGCAAUCUACGUGCCGACGCACGCAAUCUUGCGGUCCAAGGCGUGUCUUCUCUCGAUCAAUGGAAGGAAUUUGAACAUAAGGACACGGUUACUCUUCUUGCUAAGGGAAAGCUUGACAGGGCACUCGCCGUGGCGAAGAGGGCGGAAAGGUCAGCCUGGAUACAGAGAAUUGUCAGCCAACCGUUACCGGAGGGAUUCUACAACUCUGUGCUCAACGCGAAGUGGAGUCACGUCUUGGGGUUUCCCGAGGGCGAAGGGGAUGCGAUGGUGGUGCGAAUGGAGGUGCGUCAGGGCCAAACACCAACACAAUUGUGGGACUACAGGCGGAAGGGCAUAAGUUAUGAACCGGUGGAAGAUGCGCUGCAAUUUAUUGCACCGCGGCCAAGGCUGCUGGUACUCACCUCUGAGAAGGGCUGGCCCUACUCGCUGAAGCAGAGAGGAGCUUUUGCCGACUGCUACAUCAAUUAUGAGGUGGAGCGUGUGUGGAGGAUCGUCAAGGGCGAUCUAGAGGGAGAGUUUGGCACCGCAGACCUAAAGGGCUUUGAUGUGAGGCGGCGUCUCUUGAUUGGGACGCCGGGCAUCGGGAAGUCAAUGGCUGCCGGCUCUUACCUCCUCUACAGACUGCUCCACUACGACAUCGCAAAACUCCAAGUGGUGGUGUACUGCUUUGGGGGAGACUUGGCAUUCGUGUUUGACAAAGAAGAGCAGACGGUGACAGCACACGGGGGUGAGCUCAAUGUUAUCAAUGUUAUGAAUGACUUGGUUUGGCAGCGUAAACUGAAAGGGUAUGUUAUCUACGACGUGGACAAAAAGGGUGAAGAAACUUCGAAGUAUUUUCCGCCCCAUGAAACAUGGGGCAUCAUUGUGUUGUCAUCCCCAAACGAAACCAACUACAAAGGGUGGGAGAAACAGAUGUUUGCCAAGCGAAUCAUCAUGAAUUGCCCGGACGAGCUUGAUGUGAAGGCGAUGUGUGUCUGGGAGAGGCGUGUUGAGCCCGCAGAGGCGCAAGCGGAGCGCUGGGAGACGGUCAAAAAAGUACAUGGAUGA